AUAGCCACACAUAUUACAGUCAAGUCACAUGUGCAUGUAAGUUCCAACCUGUAGGAACAGCGGUGUGGUUGAGUCAGGAGACAUUAGUUAAUCAUCUAGCUGGAGCCAGCAUAGGUUCUGGAUGUCCACUAGCUCAUGACAGCCAGCCUCAUGCAGGACAACCCCCCAAAAUAUGUUUCAUGGAGAUGCUCCUCCUUAGUUAAAAAAAGUGACCUACCUAAGACAGACAAGAAACAAAGAGAGAGAAAUAGAGAGCUGCAUACAGACGUUAGAGAGAGUGAUAAAAGAUGGUAAAAGUCAUGUUAUACCUUACACUUCAGUUCAUUUAAAAGUCCAUACAAAGGUGUUGCCAUUUUUCAGGCCUGAACGAAGAAAUUGUGUAGGUUUUGACUGUUGCACGAUUUCAGGGCUCUUAUUCUGGGUUUCCAGCAUGAAGGGGAAACACUGAACAGAAAGUGGCUGGGAUUUUUGGGCUCAGCCAUGAUUUUCUCCUGCUUAUUUCACCCUGGAUGAGUGAAGGUCAGUGAGGGUGAAGUGCUUACAGCCAGUGUUUGUGUCUGCACGCCAUAUGCUCUGCUCAGACUUGUGUUUGGAAUUUGAUUUGUUGGAGGGCAGUGGAGAACUAUGAGCUUUAUUUACUCUAACGGCUUGUGUAAACAUCUAAAACAGUUAAGUUCUUUGAAGUGUUGCGAACCAUCAGUCUAUCUAUGACUUUUAUUUUGAAAGUUCUGCCUUUUUCACCGACAAUUCAUUCAUUAAAUCUGUGCACGUUUUGUCUUGUGCUGUGAUCAUGACCAAGUUGGAACUAGAAAGUUUCCUGGGGAGAAAGAGUGGUUUUAAAGGCUGCCCAACUCGUAAAUCCUGCUGGGAAACUUCUCUCAGUUGCGCUUCUGUGACGUAGAGGGGAAAAGUAAGAACUAGAAAUAUAUAGCCUACAUGAUUUAAUUUUUCAUUUUCUUUUUCUGUUGAGUUUCUGUUUAGAUUUGAAUACUGGGUGAUACUUCGCUUUCUGUAAGGGUUUUCAUUAAAAUGCUCUUUCAUGUUAUUUUAUGAGUUAUUCACAGUGAAUUAUCACAUCCAAUUUAUUAAUACAUUAAGCACUAACCAAACAACUCUAAUUCCAGUUUUACAGACAGUUUACAGUGAGCAUUCAUUUUAUUUCCGACUUCAGACAGAGCAGUUGGUGUGAACUCUGUAAUGUGGGAAAUUGGGAGGUUCCGAGCUGGAGAAUUCCGAGUUACCAGUUGAACUCAAGCGUCAUUAUGUCUCUAGUCUCUACAUGUAACGGGGAUAGACAUUACGUCUCACAAACAUAAACAGCGCGACAGUGUUACACAUGCAGGGGGACUCCAAUUCGCUCAGGAACAGCACGGCUUUUAGUCAGCAGUCACAAAGUUAACAGAGCUGGUAACUUUUCUAUUCUUGAGAGGGAAAGUGGAAUAGUCUCAGUCUGAAGGUGAAUGAGAAUGGAAAUAGCGGAGAGAGAAGAGAGUACAGCCAGGCAGGGAGCCACACUGCUGGGGAGAGUCACAACACGUCCACCGGAGCAUCCACAAAACUCCACUAAGUGUACAGCCACUAAAAGGAGAAUAAUCACAGGGGUUAUUCUGACCACAUUACUGGCUGUAAUCCUAGCAGUUAUAUUUGUCUUGAAGCUACACUGUGAUUUAAAAGAUAACUCCUGUAGAAAUAGGUGUCUUUCUGGAAAUAGAAACAGCAAGUCAUCAUGUCACUGUGACGCACCAUGUGUGCAGGAAGGCAACUGCUGUCUGGACUAUGAAGAAGUGUGUGUUGAACCCAGUCAACUAUGGACAUGCUCCAAAUUCCGUUGUGGUGAGGAGAGAUUACCCAGCAGCCUUUGCUCUUGUGCUGCAGAUUGUGGUCAAAAAGGCGAUUGCUGUACAAAUUACAACAGCAUGUGUAAAGGAGAAAAGGCAUGGCUAGAAGAUGAAUGUGAUGAUAUCAAGACACCCCAGUGCCCUGAAAGUUUUUCCAAACCACCACUAAUUCUAAUAUCACUGGAUGGCUUCAGAGCAGAGUACCUAAAAGUUUAUGGAGGCCAACUUCCAACCAUCAGCAAGCUAAGAAAAUGUGGAACUUCUACAAAAUAUAUGCGUCCUGCUUAUCCCACAAAGACCUUCCCCAAUCAUUACACCAUUGUAACAGGUCUUUAUCCAGAGUCACAUGGGAUUGUGGACAAUAAGAUGUAUGAUGUUAUCCAUAAUGCCACCUUCAGUUUGAAAGGAAAUGAGAAGUUUAAUGCCUUUUGGUACCAUGGUGAACCAGUUUGGCUCACAGCCAUGAACAACAACCUUAAAUCUGGGACGUUCUUCUGGCCUGGAUCGGACGUAGCUAUUAAAGGAAAAUUUCCAAAUUUGCAUAAAAAGUAUAAUGAGAGUAUUCCAUUUGAAAGUAGAGUGAUGACCAUUUUUGAAUGGUUGAGUUUGCCACAAGCAGAAAGGCCAGACUUUUACACUUUAUAUUUGGAUGAGCCUGAUAAAUCUGGACAUAAAUAUGGACCAAUGAGUGGUGAGGUGUUUGAGGCUCUAGUGAGGGUUGACCGGAUUAUGCAAUUGGUAAUGGAUGGUCUCAAGCAGCGAAAACUCCAUAAAUGUGUCAACCUGGUUAUUCUGUCAGAUCAUGGAAUGGAGGAAGCUUCAUGCACAAAAGCUGCUUAUGUGUCAUCAUACCAGGACAACAUUGAGGAUUUCAUAGUCAUCCAGGGCCCUGCUGCACGAGUCCGACCCAAACGCCUUCCGGAAGAGUUUUUCACUUUCAAGUAUGAAGAGCUGGUGAAGAAUCUCUCGUGCAGAGCUCCUGAUCAGCCAAUGAAGCCUUAUCUAAAAGAGCAUCUUCCUAAAAGACUCCAUUUUGCUAGCAAUGUCCGUAUAGAAAGAGCACAUCUCUACAUGAAAUCUCAGUGGCAAGCAGCCCUCAAGCCAAAUGAAAUCAAGUACUGCAAAGGUGGCUUCCACGGUUCAGAUAAUGUCUUCAGAAACAUGCAGACCAUUUUCAUAGGAUAUGGACCAGGAAUGAAGUACAAUACAACUGUGGCUCCCUUUGAAAACAUAGAAGUGUAUAACCUCCUUUGUGAUUUGUUGGCAAUUCCCCCUGCCCCUAACAAUGGCACUCAUGGGAGUCUCAACCAUCUACUGAGGAACCCACCUCAUCACCCAGUCCACCCUACUGAGAUCUCUUCAGCCUCCAUCUGUUCCACCAUUGUUCCAUCUCCGAAUGAUGACCUUGGAUGCUGCAGGUUCCCCAACAAAUCCAAGGAGGAUUAUCUCAACCACCAUCUGAUUAGUUCAAACCCAGUGGCCAAAAAACUUCAUCUGCCAUAUGGAGUUCCACGAGUUCUACAAGAGAAUGCAGACUACUGCGUGCUUCAGCAUUCUUCCUACAUCAGUGGAUACAGCAAAGACAUCCUCAUGCCUCUUUGGGUUGCAUAUACUCUAGAGCCACUGUCUGGUGUGCAACUUCUAAGUUCCUCACAGGAAGAGUGUGUUCAUGCUGAUAUGCGUAUUCCAGCAGAAGCAAGUCAGUCCUGCAACUACUACAAGGACCACCUCAAUCUGACAUAUGGAUUUCUCCAUCCUCCCAAUUUGGCUUCAUAUGGAACUGAGUCUGACUCACUGAUCACAAGUAACAUGGCACCAAUGUUUACAGUCUUCAAAGGAAUUUGGGAUUAUUUCCACAAUGUUCUUGUUGUAAAAUAUUCAGAAAAUCUGAACGGUGUAAAUGUCAUGAGUGGACCAAUAUUCGAUAAAGAUUUUGAUGGAAAAUAUGACAACAUGAAACUGAACACAAAGUAUAACGCAUCUAUACCCACUCAUUUCUUUGUGAUUCUGAUGAGUUGUAAGAACUUGUCUGUGGCUCUACAGAAGUGUGACAGUCCGAUAGAGACUGUAUCUUUUAUCCUGCCCCACCGUCCAGAUAACAUCGAGACGUGUCACAAUGGGAGUGAAUAUUCGUGGGUUCAGGACUGGACUCAACUUCACGUUGCACGGAUACGAGAUAUUGAACUUCUAACUGGGCUGAGUUUUUAUCCUGACCUUCUACCUGUUGAAGAUGCAUUACAACUUAAGACCUUUUUGAAAUCUUUUUAAUAUUUAAUUCUACACUAUACAAGGACCUCAUGUUAUGAUAACUUCUGUCUGAAUGAGUGACUGUAUAUGGACAUGCCUUAAACUCAGUACCAAAAAAAUUCAGCCAGAGAAGCUUUAUAACCUUCAUCGAAAUGAUUUGUUUCACAAAUCACAAAAUAUUCUUCUUAUACUUAAUUUUUUAUAUGUAUUCAUACUUUUAAAAUAUCUAUUAUCCUUUUAAUAUAAAGAAAAAGCACAGCUACAAUCAUAUUUACAUAUAGAUAAAGUAGUUUUAUUACAUAUACAUGUGUAUUAUGUUUUUAAUUUAUACAAUUCUGUGUUGUUGAUCUUAAUAAAAUGCAUAAUCACAGAAAUUAAAGGUAGAGUUCAUCCUGAUUUUUCUUCUUUAAAAACUUUUAAUGUCAUCUUCAGAAUAACUUACCUGAGUCCAACUGUAGGAUAUGAACAGAAAUAAUGUUUAUUACAGAGCAGAGAAUGAUGGAUUCACGCCCAGCCAACAUCUCCCUGAAUUAAAGUAAAACUCUUGCCCAUUACAUACAUAUCUAGCUCCUUUUUCGACAGCACAUUACUCCAUCACCAUAUCUUUCCUUCCAAGGAAACAAAGGGUAGAUCUUAGAGGAUUAUUCUGCCUCUUCUCUGGAAAGUCUGUUCUUAUCUGUAUCCUGCAGGGAAAUCAUACACGCUGCUAAAUUCCUAAAUUAAUUCAUAUUCAGUCUGAUC